GUUUCUACACACAGGUGCAUACCGAUACAGGUACACACCCAACUCAAGCGGAAGAAGAGAGUGAAAAUGUGAACUUCACACGGCUCAUUCAGAAAUCUGGUGUACUGCUGGUAGCAGCUCUUGUGGUACUGCACCUCCAGAGCCACACAGUCUUUGUCCUUAAUGUGUACCAGAAUACUGUGGUCAUCGUAUUCCACCGUUUGAAGUGUGAUAUAUGCAGAGUACUGCCCUGCUGACUAAACCUUAAGAAGUGCUGGUGGUGCCGUCUCAGACAUGACGUCCUCCUGUGUCCUUUGCGGUGUCCUCUUCGUCAUCACGAUCACGUCCAUCACUACACCUGUAUCAGCUGUUACUACAGUACGGGUGAAGUUUAAUCAGUCUGCUGCUCUGCCAUGUGAAUGGACCUGUUCUCGUGAGGCCACAUGGACUCCGUUCGGUAACAAUCAUGUAGUGGCUCAGUGCAAUCAGACAUCCUGCUGGUCAGAGGAGGGAUUUAAAAUGUUCCAUGAUGAGUACCUGAAGGGAAAUCUCACCCUCACCAUCCCUGCAGCUGAUUUCAGUCAGAGGAAACUGUACACGUGUCGGUGUGAUGGAAGAGACGUUAAUGAUGUGCGACUCAGCAUCGACAGACGGAGCUCAUUAGUUCAGCUGAAGCCUGGUGAAGAUCUGCUGCUGGAUUUGCACGUAUCAGAGCGAGUGGAGGUGAUCUAUUACCACAGAGAUUCAGAUGAACAGAUCUGCAGUGUGGACAGAAGUUCACUCCACUGUCCAGCUGAAUACACCUCGAGAACAUCACUCACUAACACGGUUCUCACACUGAGAGGAGUCCAGUCGACUGAUGGGGGAGUUUACAUCGUCCGAGAUCCGGAGGAGAAGGAAGACCUUCAUAUUUACGCAGUCAGUGUUGAAGGAUUCGAACAGCUCGCCAGAGACAGAACGGCUAAACACGGGGACUUCAGAAGAUCAUUUCGUACAGCAGGCUAAUCAUGGAGUAGAAAGAAGGCAGGCAUCUGUAAACGGAACCAUAGGGCGGUUCCACAUAGGACUGGCAGAGUUGGCUGAUGUCCCACAAAUGGACAGUAGAGCAGAGAGAGAGCAGCGAUCAAACAGCCCCACAGCAGUUCACAACUGGGUGAAAGUGCCACAUAAGUGCAAACGGUGCAGCUAUAGGAAAGAUGAAGUACAUUAUACAGUUUAGAGACUCUACAGCUAAUGACUUGUAUGAAAGAGCUGAACAACUCUGCACAGCAACAUCAGUAUUUUAGUGGUGGAACAGCUGUGUGUGUGUGUGUGUGUGUGUGUGUGUGUGUGUGUGUACACACACACACACACACACACUAAAAUAUACAAUGUAAAGUGUUUUUAUAUUUUAUAGUGUGUAUAAUGGGAAGUGUUUUUUUUUUAUAUUUUAUAGUGUGUAUAAUGGGAAGUGUUUUUUUUUUUUAUAUUUCAUAGUGUGUAUAAUGGGAAGUGUUUUUUAUAUUUUAUAGUGUGUAUAAUGGGAAGUGUUUUUUAUAU